GCAUGUGGGAGUAUCAUGGCAUCAUAUAUAUGGACACCAACAAAAUGGUUUAUGUGAAUCUAAUUAAUAGGCUUAAACACCAGUUGCAUUAUAUUAUCAUACAACCUGCUUCUUCAGAUAUAGGAGUGCAACUCUUAAACAAAAUAAGAAUGAGUGGAUCUGAGGGAGCAGCUGAAGCAGCAGUUGAAGUAGUACAUAUUAUUCAUGUUAGUGAUAGGCAGAGUAUUUCUGUUGAAGAAGUGAUGGUUUCAUUGAAUUUGAACAAGGUUGAUUAUGCAGUAGAAAGAAAUAAAUCACUACAUGCUCGUUAUUAUUUUGGCAUUAUAUUCUUGAUAAUGAAUCUUGUUGCAUGGUUUUUCCGUGACUAUGGACAAACCAUUCUACCUUGGGUUCAUUAUAUCAAAGUUUGUGGAAAUGAUGGAGAUGAUUGUUUUCAUUCAUUGGGGGUUCUCCGUGUGAGUUUAGGAUGCUUUAUAUUCUUCUUAGUCAUGUUUCUCACCACAGUCAAAACAAGGAAAUUAUGUGAAGUUGGAAAUUCAUGGCAUUCUAGAUGGUGGGAAUUGAAGGCUGUUUUAUUGCUUAUAUCAAUAGCACUACCAUUCUUCAUCCCUUCACAAUUUGUUCAAAUAUAUGGUGAGAUAGCUCGAAUUGGAGCAGGAAUUUUUCUUCUUUUACAACUUGUGAGUGUCAUUCAUUUUAUCAUUUGGUGGAAUAAGUAUUGGACUCCAGAUGAAGAAAGGAAAGAGAGGUGCUCCCUUGGACUUGUUAUGUCAACAUUGUUUUAUGUGGCUGCUCUAUGUGGAAUUGUGUAUAUGUAUACAUCAUAUGCCUCAAGAUCUUCAUGUUCUCUCAAUAUAUUUUUCAUCACAUGGACAGCAAUCCUACUUGCUGUAAUGAUGGUCAUUUCCUUAAAUUCAAAGGUUAAUAGAGGUCUUUUAUCCUCAGGAAUUAUGGCUUCUUACAUUGUUUUCCUAUGUUGGUGUGCAAUCAGAAGUGAACCUGCCACCAUAAGAUGUGAGGCAAAGAAUCAAGAAAAAGGAAAUGGUGGUUUGAUAACUAUACUUGGCUUCCUUAUUGCUAUUUUUGCUAUCGUUCUGGCAGCCUUUUCCACAGGCAUUGAUUCUAAAUGCUUUCAGUUUUCGAAAAAUAAAGUUGAAUAUGAAGAUGAAACUCCUUACAACUAUGGAUUUUUUCACAUGGUGUUCUCUUUGGGUGCAAUGUACUUUGCAAUGUUAUUCAUCAGUUGGGAUCUGAAUAACUCAGCCAGGAAGUGGAGCAUUGAUGUUGGCUGGAUAAGUACAUGGGUGAAGGUCCUUAAUCAGUGGUUUGCAGCAACUAUUUACAUAUGGAUGCUGAUUUCCCCAGUUGUGAGACAGAACAGAGUUAUGGAUAAUGAUACAGUUGCUGCAUGAUUAACAAUGGAAGAGUCAUCAAUACUCCUCCUUUUAAAUUUUUGUUAUUCCUUAAAAUUAUUUUAAGCUUCAAUUCAAUAAAAAAUUAUGUUGGUUGCAAUUUUUUUUUUCAGUUACACUCAAAUAAACUACAAAUAAGUUAUUUGGAUGUAACUCGAAAAAAUAGAAACUAGCAACAAUGUUCAAUUUAGUGGUUGAAAAGCACAACUCAUUAUUAAUUAAAACAAAAUGAUGAUUUUUUCUUGCUUUGGAUGAGAGUCUUACUCUUUUUCCUUGUACCUAAUAUCAUUUGAAGGAGGUUCAUACAAGAAUGUGCCUAUUCAGCUUUCA